AUGCUGAAUUGUCUACUGAAGGCACCGACACUGUUGUUUCCUGGGCGCCUCAUUGUUCAGGGAGGGAAAACAGCAGCAGUGCUUCACGGUGAGCAGAAGCGUAAAUUAGAACUCCAGGGCAUAAUCGGUGGUGCAUUUCGACCGCACAUUCGUACUAUGAAAGGUCGCGAAGUGGCACCGACAUUUUUAGCGUCCUAUGCAAGGGAGCUGAAAAAUGGGCCUUCAAUGCUUAAAAUACUGAUAAGUCGUCAUAUUGCUGACCUGCGAGCUUAUCAGCGCGCAAGAAUCGAGAAAAUCGAGAAACGUCUGGAUAAUACUCACAUUAUCAAUCAAAUCAAGGUGAUUUUCUUUCCAUAAAU